ACACAUAUUCUUGGAAAAUGAAUGGAACUGAAGAAACAGAGCUCUAUAAUCGCUGGAAAGCGUUACAAAGACAGCUAGAGUUAUUGGAUUUACAGGAAGGCUUUAUCAAAGAAGACUGCAAGUCGUUAAAGCGUGAAUUAAUACGUGCUCAGGAAGAAGUGAAAAGGAUUCAGUCAGUGCCUUUAGUGAUUGGCCAAUUUUUAGAAGCUAUUGAUCAAAAUACAGCCAUUGUCGGCAGUACCACCGGCUCUAAUUAUGUGGUGCGGAUAUUAAGUACUCUAGAUCGUGAGUUGCUGAAGCCUUCUGCUAGUGUUGCUCUUCAACGUCACUCAAAUGCCCUUGUCGACAUCUUACCUCCUGAGGCUGACUCCUCUAUUUCUAUGCUCCGUCCUGAUGAGCGUCCUGAUGUUACUUACAAUGAUGUUGGUGGUUUAGACGUUCAAAAACAAGAAGUUCGUGAAGCAAUCGAGCUACCGUUAACGCAAGGUGAUCUUUAUCGUCAAAUUGGUAUAGACCCCCCUCGUGGUGUCUUGCUUUACGGACCUCCUGGUACUGGUAAAACCAUGUUGGUAAAGGCUGUCGCCAACUCAGUCAACGCCAACUUUAUUCGAGUCGUUGGUUCUGAGUUUGUUCAAAAAUAUUUGGGUGAAGGUCCUCGUAUGGUACGUGAUGUUUUUCGAAUGGCAAGAGAAAAUGCCCCUGCUGUUAUUUUUAUUGAUGAGAUUGAUGCUAUUGCUACGAAACGUUUCGAUGCUCAGACUGGUGCCGACCGUGAAGUACAGCGUAUUUUAAUCGAGUUGUUAACUCAAAUGGAUGGUUUUGAUCAAGGCGCUAAUGUCAAGGUCAUGAUGGCCACUAAUCGUGCCGAUACAUUAGAUCCUGCCCUCCUUCGUCCUGGCCGUCUAGACCGUAAAAUUGAAUUUCCCUCUUACCGUGACCGUCGCCAGCGCCGUCUUGUCUUUCAAACAAUCACUGCUAGAAUGUCUCUUUCUCCUGAGGUGGAUUUGGAUACUUUUAUUAUGCGUCCAGAUGCUUCUAGUGGUGCUCAAAUUUCAGCUAUCAUGCAGGAUGCCGGGUUAUUAGCUGUCCGUAAAAGCCGUGGUGUUAUUCUUCAAAGCGAUAUUGAAGAGGCCUAUGCACGUGCUGUUAAGCCUACUGACAUGGAACAAUUUGCUUUCUACAAGUAAUAUGGUCUUUUUCUUCCCUUUUUUAUGGUAAUUUCCGUAUGUUUUUCCUCGUCCGCUUUGGCUUUCUCCUUAUACCCAUAGAAGAAUGUCUCGAUGAAACAUUCUACCUUUCCCGACACAUGAUGGAUUAUGUUGAUCUUUUUCUCACAACAUUACUUGAAUUGAGAUGACACAAAAAUAAAUUUUUACGCUACUCUUUUUUUUUUCAGCAACAUUUUGUAUGUUCUUUUAGACCAAGCAGCCCGCAGGAACGUAUUCUCAUUGAGACGAUUUAUGUAUCUG